AAAGUGUGUUCAUUUCAUUGCUCAGUUUUAAACUUCGACAACCACUCUUUCUCGUUUUCAAACCAGCGUCUUCGGACACUACAGUAUAAUACUAUUAGUUUGUUGGGCUUUUUCUAAUGUUGUGUUUCUCUUCUGUGCGUUUGCUGGUCGUUUUAUUUCUUGCUACAAGUGUCGAGCGAGCUUGAGACAUUGUUGCCAAGAAAUCUGAAUGUGUUGAAGGAUAUACACAUUUUCGAAGAUGGCUUUAACCAGAUGCAUUAUCCGACAACACCGCAUGGACUUGACUGAAGACCUUCACCAGGCUAUCAUGAAUGACAAGGAUCGGGAGGCGAUAGAGCUGGUCAAGUUGGGAGCAGAUGUCAACGCUGUAUGGGAUCAUGAGACGGCCUUCACGCGUGCGGCGCAACGUGGGCACCUCGAGGUCAUGCAAGCGAUUUACGCAUGCCCUGGCUUUGACCCCAAUGCCAUGAACUCAUGUGGCAAAUUCCCGUUGUACAUAACUGCGAACAAAGGACUCACUCACUGUGUUGAAGAGCUUUUGUCCUUGGGCGCAGACAUCAACCUACAGAUCCCCGAGGGAGACACCCCUCUGGCUGCAUGCUCUUAUGAUGAUUGCCAUGAGACUGCACAAGUGCUGAUCCGUCAUGGUGCCAACAUAGACACCCGGGAUGUUUAUGGAAUAACUCCGCUUUAUCUUGCAUGCUCUUUCGGCAGCGUUAACUGUGUGCGGGUGCUCACUGAGAGCGGCUGUGACGUGAACAUCGUAGAAAAAGAACCUAGAAUCACGCCACUGAUGAAAGCUCUCUCACUUUUACGCAACAGCAGUGAGCCGAUAGACAAAAAAAUCUCAGAUGUGUUAGAGAUCUGCCAGAUGUUGAUCAACGCUGGCUGUCGCUUGGACGAUGAAGACUUGGACGAAUACACGGCUUUGCACCAUGUUGUGGAAAACAGAGAUGUCUUUGGGCUUUGUUUACUAGCAGAAAGCGGAUGCAAUUUGGAAACCCAUGACGAAAACUGCCAAACACCUUUAAAGAAAGCUCUCGAUGACAAAGAGCCAGUUUUCGAGAUUGCCAGAUUCCUUGUGUACUACGGUGCAAAAGUUCAUAAUGAAAGUUUUCUUGAUUGUGUUCAUGACUAUUCGUUUAUAAAGAUGUCUGCUCUGGCGUGGUUGAUAGAGAAAGCACCGUUCUCAGAUGAGCACGAUGAACUCCGAGAGCGAUAUUUGCUGCUGAAAGUUUUGAGGGAAGCAACCUACCCACACUUUUGUUGUACUCCUUCCGAGCUUGAUUUACCGCAAGACAGUCCAAACCAACACUUUGUUGAUAAAUACAUGGCAGUCGAGAGGGAAGCUACGGACUGGAUGUGCUCACUAGAAAGUCCUGUUUCCCUCGAGUUCCAGGCACGAGUGAAAAUUCGAAAAAUGUUAGGAGUAAGAAACACCCUAAGUAAGAUUGACUCACUGCCUAUUGGGAAAUAUUUAAAGAGCUACCUUAUGCUUGGUCUUGAGGAAGAGCUGCCGCUUUCAAGAAGCUGCAUGGUGCAUGCGUACAUUAGGGACAGAGAGCACAAGAAGCUGAAAGACCUCGUGCAAAGUGGUGCCAAUGUCAACUUCAUGGUACACGGGAAAACACCUCUCGCUGCAGCCGUCAUUCUGAAAAAUCUGAAAGCUUUUAGGAUACUGUUCUCGACUGGCCGCGCCUACAUAGGUCAACACCCGGUUAAUGAAGAAGGUGACACGCCCCUCCACCUCGCUGCUGCCUACGGUUUCGUCAAUAUUAUUGAUAAUAUCAUCCACGCAGGUGGUUCUGUUAAGGCAAUCAAUCUGGACAGAUACACACCUCUUGUUUCCGCCGUGACAGCCGGCCAUUUUGAAGUAGCCUCGCUUCUGAUCAGACGUGGCGCCGAGGUCAAAGGUCAGGAGACCCUGGGCUAUCCAUUGCUCCACCUGGCGGCUGCGAGCCACAACAUUGAGGUAGUGCAGAUGAUGCUGGAGAGAGGGAUCGAAGCAAAUCUCAGGGAUCAUCAAAGGAACACGCCCCUGCACAUAGUGGCCAGCCAAGCAAAGAUCUACCUGGAUCAGAAUGUAUAUCUACCAGCUCUGCAUACGUCAGACGUGGAAGCAGCUGAGGAGACAAGCGAUGUCUCCACUAGUAGUGAUGAAGAAACAGAGUACGACAUGAACAAGAACAGCCCUGAAGCCAGACGCACAACUCCAGGCAAGGAGAAGUACCAGGAUGUAGCAAGGCUACUUUUGGAGCAUGGAGCAGACGUCAGGGCCUACAACUCCGAGUCUUUGACGCCGUUGGACGUGGUGGAGAAAGGAGACGAUCCGGUCCUGGUUGAUAUUCUCAAAAACAUAACCAUGCUCCAAGACCUCCACAAGGCACUCUUGAGUAACGAGGUCGAGGAAGCGAAGCAGCUCAUCGAGUCGGGCGCAGAUGUCAACGCUGUAUACCUACAGGAGACAGCCUUCACGCGUGCCGUGAAACUUGAGAAUCUGGAGGUCACACAGGCGAUCUUUGCACGCCCUGAUUUUGACCCCAAUGCCAAGACCUGGACUGGCAGGUCCCCGUUGUACAUUACUGCAAGCAGAGGACUCACUCGCUGUGUUGAAGAGCUUUUGUCUUUGGGCGCUAACGUCAACCAACAGAACCCCGGAGGAGAAACACCUCUGACUGCAUGCUGUUCGGACGAUUUUAAUGAAACUGCUCAAGUGUUGAUCCGUCAUGGUGCCAACAUAAACACCCCUGAUUUUAAUAGAAUAAAUCCGCUUUAUCGUGCUUGCCAUUACGGCAGCGUCAACUGUGUGCGGGUGCUCACUGACAAUGGCUGUGACGUGAAAAUCGUUGAGAAGGAAUCUAGAAACACGCCACUGAUAGCUGCAGCUCUCUCACUUUUACGCUGCAGAAAUACGUGGACGAACAAAAAAAUCUCUGAUAUGUUAGAGAUUUGCCAGAUGUUGAUCGACGCUGGCUGUGACGUGGACGCGCAAGACUCCAUAGGUCGCACGGCUUUGCACCAUGUUGUGGAAAAGAGAGAUGUCUUUGGGCUUUGUUUACUUGCGGAAAACGGAUGCAAUUUGGAAACCCGUGAUGAAAACCAACAAACACCCUUAAAGAAAGCUCUCCUUGACGAAGAGCCAGCUUUCGAGAUUGCCAGACUCCUUGUCUACUACGGCGCAAACGUUCAUGAUGAAAUCAUGGUUAAUUGUGGGCAUGGAGAGGUAGGAAAGUCUCCUCUGGCGUGGGUGAUAGAGCAUGCAGCGUGCUCAGCUCAGCACGACAAACUCCGUGAGCGAUAUUUGCUGAUGCGAGUUUUGAUGGAAGCAACCUACCCAAACUUUUGUGGAAUUUCUUCCAUGCUGGUUUUAUUACAAGUAAGCCAAAACCAACAACUUGUUGAUCAAUACAGAGCAAUCGAGAGAGAAACUGUGAAUAAGAUAUGCUCACCAGUACCUGCUUCCCUCGAGUUCCAGGCACGAUUGAAACUUCGAAAAAUGUUAGGAGUAAGAAACACCCUAAGUAGGAUUGACUCAUUACCUGUCUGGAAAUAUUUAAAGAGAUACCUUAUGCUUGGACUUGAGGAAGAGCUGCCGUUAUCAAGAAGCUGCAUGGUUCAUGUGUACAUUAGGGACAGAGAGGACAAGAAGCUGAAAGACCUCGUGCAAAGUGGUGCCAAUGUCAAUUUCAUGGUAGACGGGAAAACACCUCUUGCUUCAGCAGUCAUGCUGAGAAAUAUGGAAGCUUUUAGGAUACUGUUCUCGACUGGCCGCGCCUGCAUAGGUCAAUACCCGGUUAAUGAAGAAGGUGACACGCUCCUCCACAUCGCUGCUGCCAACGGUUUCGUCAAUAUUAUCGACGACAUCAUCCACGCUGGCUGUACUGUUAAGUCGUUCAAUAACACAGGAUUCACGCCUCUGCGCUCCGCCGUAACGGCCGGCCAUUUUGAAGUAGCCUCGCUUCUGAUCAGACGUGGCGCCGAUGUCAAAGGUCAGGAAAUGAUGACCGUUCCAUUGCUCCACCUGGCGGCUGCGAGCCGCAAUAUUGAGGUAGUGAAGAUGAUGCUGGAAAGAGGGGUCGAAGCUAAUCUCAGGGAUCAUCAAGGGAACACGCCCCUCCACAUAGUGGCCAGCCAAGCAAACAUAUACCUAGACCAAAGGAUGUGUCUUCCAGCUCUGUACAGGUCAAACUUUAAAAAAACUCUGGACAAAACUGAUAUAAACCUGAACGGAAAUAAAGACAGGCCCACGGUUCCAGGUAAGGAGAAGUACCAGGAUGUAGCAAGGCUACUUUUGAAGCACGGAGCAGACGUCAGGGCCUACAACUCGGAGUCUUUGACGCCGUUGGACGUGGCGGAGAAAGGAGACGAUCCGGUCCUGGUUGAUAUUCUCAAAAAGACGACGCCUUCCCCACCUCACCCCCCACAGUUGCCCGAAUGCCAUCCCCCCAAAGACAUGACCAUGCUCGAAGACCUCCACAAGGCACUCAUGAAUAACAAGGUCGAGGAAACGAAGCAGCUCAUCGAGUCAGGAGCUAAUGUCAACGCUGUGUGCCAACAGGAGACAGCCUUCACGCGUGCUGUGCAACAUGAGAAUUUCGAAAUCAUGGACAUGAUCAUGGAAUGCCACGACUUUGACCCCAAUGCCAAGAAUGUAUUUGACAGAUCCCCGUUGUUUGUCACUGCAAGAAAAGGAUAUACUCUCUAUGUUAAAGAACUAUUGUCUAUGGGCGCAUACGUCAACCAACAGGACGCCCAGGGUGUGACGCCUCUGGGUGCAUGUUGUUGGGAAGAUUUCCAUGAGACUGCGGAAGAGCUGAUCCAGCAUGAUGCCAAUAAAAACACCCCAGACCUCAAUGGAGAAACUCCGCUUUAUCGUGCAUGUUUUCAUACCAGUAUCAACUGUGUGCGGGUGCUCAUUGAAAAAGGCUGUGACGUGAACAUCGCCAACAGAUCCGGAGAGACGCCAUUGAUAGUAGCUCUCCCGCCUAUAUUGUACAGCGAUAUAAUGAGUAUGGAAGAGAAUAUUUCCGUCAUGUUAGAAAUCUGCCAGUUGGUGAUCAACGCUGGCUGUAACUUGGACGCUCAAGACUCCAGAGGACGCACAGCUUUGCACUAUGCUGUGGAAAGCGGACAUGUCUCCGGGCUUUGUUUACUAGCAGAACAUGGAUGUAAUUUGGAAAUCUGUGACGAAAAACGUCAAACACCCUUUCAGAAGGCUCUCCUUGACCAAACGCCAGCUUUCGAGAUUGCCAGAUUCCUUGUGUACUUCGGCGCAAACUGUCGAGAGGAGAUCAGUGUUCGUCGUCGUAGUAGGAUGGAAAUGAAGUCUCCCCUGGCUUUGGCGAUAGAGGCUGCACCGCUCGAAAGUCCACGCAGAAAACUGCGUGAGCGAUAUUUGCUGCUGAGAGUUUUGAUGGAAGCGACCUACCCAUACCUUGGCGGUCUUUCAACAAAUCUGGUUUUACCACAAGUGAGCAAUAUCCCCCACCCUGUGGAUCCAUACAGGGCUGUCGAGAGGAAAAGUGAGAACUGGAUGCUCUCUCGAAUACCUGCUUCCCUCAAGUUUCAGACAAGGUUGAAACUUCGAGAAAUGUUAGGAGUAAGAAACACCCUAAGUAAGAUUGACUCACUGCCUAUUGGGAAAUAUUUAAAGAGCUACCUUAUGCUUGGUCUUGAGGAAGAGCUGCCGCUUUCAAGAAGCUGCAUGAUGCAUGAAUAUAUUAAAGACAGAGAGAACAAGAAGCUGGAAGACCUCGUGCGAAAUGGUGCUCAUGUCAACUUCAUGGUGGACGGGAAAACACCUCUCGCUAGAGCCAUCAUGCUCAAGAAUCUGGAAGCCUUUAGGAUACUAGUCUCGUCUGGAGUUGCUUCCAUAGGCCAUGACCCGAUUAAUGAAAAUGGUGAUAAGCCCCUCCACCUCGCUGCUGCCUAUGGAUUCAUCGACGUUAUCGACAAUAUCAUAAACGCAGGCGGUUCUGUUAACGCGCCCAAUAAGAGAAAACGCACCCCUUUGCACUCCGCCGUAGCGGCCGGCCAUUUUGAAGUUGCCUCGCUUCUGAUCAGACGUGGCGCAGAGGUCAAAGAUCAGGAGACGAUGACCGUUCCAUUGCUCCACAUGGCGGCUGCGAGCCACAACAUUGAGGUAGUGCAGAUGAUGCUGGAGAGAGGGGUGGAAACUAAUCUCAGGGAUCAUCAAAGAAACACGCCCCUGCACAUAGUGGCCAGCCAAGCAAAGAUCUACCUGAAUCAGCGGAUGGUGCUUCCAGCUCUAUACAAGUCAAAGUUGGAAAAAAAUCUAGACAUGGUCCUUAUGAGAGUGAGCAACCGCACAGCCAGACCCACAAUUCCAGGCAAGGAGAAGUACCGGGAUGUAGCAAGGCUACUUUUGGAGCACGGAGCAUACGUCAGGGCCUGCAACUCGGAUUCUUUGACGCCGUUGGACGUGGUGGAGAGAGGAGACGAUCCGAUUCCAGAACUGUUAUCUAUGGGCGCAUGCGUCAACCAACAGGACGCCCAGGGUGUGACGCCUCUGGGUGCAUGUUGUUGGGAAGAUUUCCAUGAGACUGCGGAAGAGCUGAUCCAGCAUGAUGCCAAUAUAAACACCCCAGACCUGCAUGGAGAAACUCCGCUUUAUCAUGCAUGUUUUCAUACCAGUAUCAACUGUGUGCGGGUGCUCAUUGAAAAAGGCUGUGACGUGAACAUCGCCAACAAUUGUGGAGAGACUCCAUUGAUGGCAGCUCUUCCGCCUAUAUUCUACAGCGAUAGAAUAGGUAUAGAAGCGAACAUUUCCUGCAUAUUAGAAAUCUGCCAGAAGGUGAUUAACGCUGGCUGUAACUUGGACGCUCAAGACUCCAGAGGACGCACAGCUUUGCACUGCGCUGUGGUGAGAGGACAUGUCUCUGGGCUUUGUUUGCUAGCAGAACAUGGAUGCAAUUUGGAAAUCUGUGACGAAGACCGCCAAACACCCUUUCAGAAGGCUCUCCUUGACAAAAGGCCACUUUUCGAGGUUGCUAGAUUCCUUGUCUACUACGGUGCAAACUGUCGACAGGAGAUUAAUGUUUGUCGUCAUGAUAGGAUUGAAAUGAAGUCUCCCCUGGCUUUGACGAUAGAGGCUGCACCGCUCGGAGGUCCGCGAGGAAAACUCCGUGAGCGAUAUUUGCUGCUGAGAGUUUUGAUGGAAGCGACCUACCCAUACCUUGGGGGUCUUUCAACAAAUCUGGUUUUGCCACAAGUGAGCAAUAUCCCCCACCUUGUUGAUCCAUACAGGGCUGUCGAGAGGGAAACUGAGAACUGGAUGCGCUCAGAAGUACCUGCUUCCCUCAAGUUUCAGGCACGAUUGAAACUUCGAGAAAUGUUAGGAGUACGAAACACCCUAAGUAAGAUUGACUCACUGCCUAUUGGGAAAUAUUUAAAGAGCUACCUUAUGCUUGAUCUUGAGAAAGAGCUGCCGCUAUCAAGAAGCUGCAUGUUGCACGAAUACAUUAAAGACAGAGAGAACAAGAAGCUGGGAGACCUCGUGCGAAAUGGUGCUCAUGUCAACUUCAUGGUGGACGGGAAAACACCUCUCGCUGCAGCCGUCAUUCUGAAGAAUCUGGAAGCCUUUAGGAUACUGGUUUCGUCUGGCGUUGCUUCCAUAGGUCAUGACCCGAUUAAUGAAAAUGGCGAUGAGCCCCUCCACCUCGCUGCUAUCUAUGGAUUCAUCGACGUUAUCGACGAUAUCAUAAGCGCAGGCGGUUCUGUUAACGCUCCCAAUAAGAGAAAACGCACGCCUCUGCACUAUGCUGUGACAACCGGCCAUUUUGAAGUUGCCUCGCUUCUGAUCAGACGUGGCGCCGAGGUUAAAGGUCAGGAGACGUUGAGAUUUCCAUUACUCCACAGGGCGGCUGCGAGCCACAACAUUGAGGUAGUGAAGAUGAUGCUGGAGGGAGGGGUUGCAGCUAAUCUCAGGGAUUAUGAAGGGAACACGCCCCUGCACAUAGUGGCCAGCCAAGCAAAUAUCUACCUCGAACAGCGGAUGGUGCUUCCAGCUCUAUACAAUUCAAAGUUGGAAAGACAUCUAGACAUGGUCAUUAUGGCAGUGAGCAACCACGCAGCCAGACCCACAAUUCCAGGUAAGGAGAAGUACCGGGAUGUAGCAAGGUUACUUUUGGAGCACGGAGCAGACGUCAAGGCCUACAACUCGGAUUCUUUCACACCGUUGGAUGAGGCGGAAAUAGGAGGCGAUCCAGUCCUGAUUGAUAUAAUUAAAAAUAGGGCUUAAUGAUGAUGACGACUCCAAUACGUUGUCGUUUAAUUAGCUUUUAUGUCUAUCUAUUACAUUUUUAUCUAGUUUUAUAUUCUCAGAGUUUUAUUUUUGUUUUACAAUUUUUUAAAGAGUGUCGUACCUUCAGUUUUUAUUUACUUCUACUUCAGUUUUUAAUUUAGUUAGCUCGUACGCCAUUCUUAAGAGCGUAUCGUCCUUCAUCGCUUGUCUUUAUAUUUUUCACCAUCCUUGAUCUGGGAUAGUUCAAAAAUAUUAUAUUUAGUACUAGAGCUCGGAGCUCGUGGCAGUGACGUCACCCACGUAAACGAAGGUGGGCUGCCUGUGCCCACUCUUGGACGCUGGGCGUUAAGGACAACAGAGGGAUGAGUACUUUUCGAGACUAUCGUGGAGACGUCUCGACGGUCAUAGUGAGAAAUCUACUAGCUUGCACUGAAAUGUGGGGGCAGGACGGUGUUUGAUGUACUAGAGCUCGCUGUGGGAACAGAGCUGGGGCUCAGAUUGUUCAUGUAAAUGGGAGCACGCCAGCCAUGCCCAUCAGGGCAAGAAGACUUUCUAUGUCAACAUGUGUGGCGUCACUGCCGCGAGCUGUAGUAUUAUAUAUAUAAAGCCUCUUUGGGAUAGGCUUUUUUGUUGUAGCUGUGUCGGGGUUGGGUUGUUUUUCUUUUUUUUCUCUUUU